CGGGGCCGCACUUCCGUUCGCCCCUGUGGUGUCUGCUUUCGGCUUCCCGGGUUCUUGGUGGGCUCGAGAGGCCGGCGAGCUUGUGGUGGCCCUUGCGCCGGGGAAGCAGGGCCAUGGAGAAGCUGCGGCGGGUCCUGAGCGGCCAGGACGACGAGGAGCAGGGCCUGACCGCGCAGGUCCUGGAUGCCUCGUCCCUUAGUUUCAACACCAGGUUGAAGUGGUUUGCCAUAUGCUUCGUGUGCGGCAUUUUCUUCUCUAUCCUUGGAACUGGAUUGCUGUGGGUUCCUGGCGGCAUAAAACUUUUUGCAGUGUUUUAUACCCUUGGAAAUAUUGCUGCAUUAGCCAGUACAUGCUUUUUAAUGGGACCCAUGAAGCAACUGAAGAAAAUGUUUGAAACAACAAGAUUGCUUGCAACAGUUGUUAUGCUUUUGUGUUUCAUAUUUACCCUGUGUGCUGCUCUUUGGUGGCAUAAGAAGGCACUGGCCGUGUUAUUCUGUGUAUUGCAGUUCUUGUCAAUGACCUGGUAUAGUCUAUCAUACAUCCCAUAUGCAAGGGACGCAGUAAUUAAAUGCUGUUCUUCUCUCCUAAGUUGAAAAUCAGAAACUCUUCGAAAAAAGCAUUGGAAAGUUGAUGUUCUGUUUUUGGUGAAGUAUGCUUUUACUGAUACAAUAAUCACUCCAAGAAGAAGUGCUGUGACAGUUUUCAGACCAUUUUGUGCGCUAGUAAAGACUAUAUGCUUGAUUAAACUGUUAAAUGCUUGUAAUGGUAAAUUCAUUGUGUGUCAUUAAUGUGCUCUUCCAAAGAUAAGGAGACUUUAAUCACUGCCAAUUGUAAAUGAUUUUUCGCCAGUUUUUUAAUCUUUUCUAAACAGCAUUUGAGAUGUGAAUAUUUAAGGAUCAACCUGUUCUGCAAGAUUUAUUCAGCUUUUUUGUUUCUUAAAAUGUCUACAUUUUUAAAAUAUCUUUUUUUAAAAAAACUUUAAAUGUGAAAGUUUUUACUUUAAGCUCAAAGCUUUUUAUUAUAUGUAAUAAAAAUAAUAUAUAAAUCUUUACAAUUUUGAAAUAAACCCACACUUGGAAAAAUAACAUUUUCUGGA